AGCUGAUGUUGUUUCCGGUCAGGCAAAUUUGAAACCGUUCCAUUAUUUUAGAAAGAGAGCUUUUAGUUAAAAAAUAUCACUGGCUGAAAAGGAAUUCGGUUCUCACACCAAAGGAUCAUGGACUCUGGGACCCAAAGGCUGUUUGAAAGAGUUGCACAGAAACUUGGAUGGGACAAACCUGGAGCUUUGGACCGAGCAGCACAAGAUUUGAGAAAAAGUCUGAAAAGCAGACAUGAUGCUGUUAGCAGUCAUGAUACUGAGCCUGCUGAAAGGAAAGAGUCUUCAUUUCUGUCAGACAGUGAUGCCUCUGAAAAGGAGAAUCGGCUUGGAAAGAAAAAUCCGCCCUCAAACAAAAAGCUGUUGGACUCCAGUGAUGAGGACUUUGAUCAAAUUCUUGCAACAAAGGCUACACCCAAAACUGCUGCCAGACAAAUCUCAUCUGCCAAGAAACCAAGGGAUCCAGUUCAGAUUUUGUCCUCAGAUAGCGAUGAUGGCUUUGAAACCUUUUUGAGACGUGUGAAGACCCCAAAGGCUCAACCGAGACCUCAGUCUGUGAGUGGUAGUGAUGAAAGACUUAAACAGUUCAUAGUAGACGACUUGUCUUCUGAUGAUGAUUUUGUUGUGGAGAAAAAGCCGUACGUUUCAAGAGCCAAUCCGAAGACCCCCAAGUCUAGCCUGAAGUCAGAGAAGUCACGGUUUGACUCCCCAGUGUUCCUCAGUGAUUCGGAUGAUGACAGCGACAUCGUGAUCAAGAGCACGUGGAGGACUCGGCACAGUCGUCCAUCCUCGCAGGAAAAGGAUGCACCAGCUAAAAAUAAUAAACCCAGAAAUACCCCAUGCUUUCCUUCUCCUCUUGUUUCUGUCCACACACCCAAGCCCUCAUCAGCUCCACCCACAAACAGUGGAUGGCGUGAAGACACUGGCAGCUCCGAGGAUGAGUUCCAGUCCUUACUGGACCGCAUCAGGAAAAACCAGAAGUUAGGAAGCAGUAGCACACAUGCUUCUCCUAAACCUCCAGAGCCCAAGGCUGCAACAGCCUGUGUGACUCCAUCUGUGAAAGCACAAAAGGGCAGUGAUGGAGUCCCAGUAAAAGGAUCACAGGUGAGCAGAACUCCAGCACAGAUCCCUAUCAGCAGAGCUGUGAGUCAGACGGAGCCCAGAGCAGGCCACAGCAGCAGAGUGGCUGUGUGUAAAACACCAGGCUGUUUCCUGCAGUCUCUGUCUCUUCCUGACUCCAAGUACUGCAAAAACUUCAAGCAGAAUAAGGAGGAGCUCACCAGCAAACUCUACCAGCUCUAUAACACUACUGUUUUUGAGAGCAAGCUACCCACUGACAUGUUGAUCAAAUGGAAUACAAAGAUGAGAAAGACAGCAGGAUAUUGCAUCACCGGUCAGGAAAAAGUCACUGGCAUACGAUACGCUCGCAUUGAAUUGUCUGUCAAAGUCUGUGACUCUGCAGACCGAUUGCGGGACACACUAGUUCAUGAAAUGUGCCACGCAGCCACAUGGCUGAUAAACAAGGUGCGGGAUGGACAUGGACCUUUCUGGAAGAUCUAUGCACGCAAAGCCACCCUGGCUCACCCCGAGUUGCCCAUGGUGACCCGCUGCCACAGCUACGACAUCAACUACAAAUACCAGUACCAGUGCAGCCGCUGCAAAAACACGAUUGGGCGUCACUCAAAGUCUCUGGACACGCAGAGGUUUGUGUGUGCACUGUGCACAGGCCAGCUUGUCCUGCUCACGCCCUCUAAUACUCGCGGCCCCACACCUUUCGCCAUGUUUGUGAAGGAGAAUUAUGGUAUGGUUCGUCAGGAGCUGGCUGGCCAGAGUCACGCUGAGGUGAUGAGAAAACUCAGUGCCGACUUCGCUAGCAAGACACGUCUCAGUCAGAGCUGAUCUGAGUGUGCUUUUUGAUCAAACUUAACUGGAGUGCUGCCACAUGCUCUGGUUUUCAUCCACUAAUCAUUAUGCAGCUUGAUGGGUGAUAAAAAUUCAUUUUGUUUGCUGCUCGUGUACAUCACCUCAAGUCGUUUGAGCAUUAUGUUUUAAAAAGUAAACUGUGAAGGAUUCCUCUGGUUGACACAAUUCAGUUAUAUCUGAUGUUAUAUUGUCUAUAAAUGUGUCUAUGAAAUGUUCUUUAAUCUGUCCUGGAAACUUAAAAUGUUUUUUUGUGUUUAAAUAAAAUAUUUUCCAUACA